GACCGCCACAAACCCAACAAAAAGGGUCCGCCCACACAACAUAUUCUCUCGAAAAAUUCCUAGACGGUUGACACAUUAUUAUCUAAAAAUAACACGACCCACGUUUCCCUCACUUGUGUUUUCCUCCCACCGGAAUACAUCAACAAAUCCGCGUCUGUGCUACGGAAAGACGUUUCAUUAAGCUUUGUAGUUGUUAGUAAAUACUAGUGGUUAUUAGCAGUGUUUUUGUGUGUAAAUCCAAGAUGGAGGGUAGAAGAAUGUCCAGCGUCCCUUCGCCGCAUGUGAGCAAGCGACUGUGUCUGGCUAUCGUGGUGUUUGUGGGAGUCAUUUGCACUAGUUUGGGCUACGUGUUGGGCAACAUGGCUCGCAUGGAGGCGCGGCGCUCCAGCGACCUGAUCACCUCCAACCUCACCACCGCCACAGACCUCCUCUACAGGAAGGCCAAGAGGAUCUCUCCCAAGACCAUCCACAUCAACAACCCCGAGAAAAUAUCCGCAAAACUCAUCGAAAUAUUCCACAGCGACUGCGCCGACUGUGGCACGAUGAAGAACUAUAAUGUGCACGAUUUUAUUAAGACAUUAGUGCAUUUUGAAGCGGCCAAGUUUAUUAGGGCUAUACAUAAUGCAUCGCUGUUUAUAGAAACGCUGAGAUAACGUUUGUUGCACUGAGGCGCCGCUAGAUGGAGCUUAUUUCAUUCGUCCUGUGCCUUUCGGAUGGAUUUUCAUCCAUUUUCGUAAAUGACCGCGGUAAAUCUUGUUUUUUUUUUAAAUAAAGGGUUAGGAUAUAACAAUAUAAAAAAGGUAUAAAGUAAUUUGAAGAAACUCACCUAUGCAUAUUUAUUACAAUAAGAUAAGGCUAGAUG